CCUUCUAGCUCCACGCUUGGGCGUGGGCCUGCGCACCGCUUUCCGGGUCCGAACCGCGCCUUCCCGCCCAAACCUAAACCCCUCCUUCACCUCUCAGUCGGAGCCACGCCACACGACCCGAGCCCGCCUCCGGCGGGCGGAGCUGCACCAGGUGCGGACCCGGGGCGUGGCGGGCGUCCAGGAGCGCCAGGUGCGGCUUCCGUGUCAAGAUGGCCGCCGCCUGCCGCUUCGGAGUGCCCCUCUCGCCCGCCCGCCUUCCCGCGGGGACCCAGCUGCUUCCCGUCUUCCUGUGCCUCCUGUGCUGGGCCCCGGCGGCUGUGAGCGCCGUCCCCGAGCUCGGGCUCUGGGCAGCGACUGUCAGCGACAAAUCAGGACCUCUGAUAUUUAGAAAAACUAUGUUUAACUCUACAGAAAUCAGGUUUUCUGUUAAGUCAUUCAGUUGUUCUGGGCCUGUGAAGCUUACCAUCGAGUGGCAUUUGAAGUAUUAUACCUGUCAAAAUGAAUAUUCUAAGCUGGAGGAGGAACUAUCACAAAAACAUGAACCUAGCGUCGAUGAAGACUUUUGUGGUCAUUAUUUCAAGAAUGCUGAAUGUUGGACAACAAAAUAUGAAAACAUAAAUUGCAACAGUGACUUACAGGUGUUUCCCUCAUUGAAUAAUAAGGAACUAGUUACAAAUAUCAGAAAUGUUUCAAACCAGGAAGGAUCAACGGAUGUAAUAGCCAGAACACAGAGAGAUGGGUUUCAUAUAUUUGUUGUUUCUGUGAAAACGGACAAAACAGAUGCAAGAUGGAAUUUGAAUGUUUCUCUUUCUAUGAUUGGGCCUCAUGGAUAUAUUUCUGCAUCAGAUUGGCCUCUGAUGAUUUUUUACAUGGUGAUGUGUGUCGUUUAUAUUUUAUAUGGCGUACUGUGGCUCAUGUGGUCUGCCUGUUAUUGGAAAGAUAUAUUACGAAUUCAGUUCUGGAUUGCAGCUGUUAUUUUCCUGGGAAUGCUUGAAAAAGCAGUUUUUUAUACUGAAUAUCAAAACAUCAGCAGCACUGGGCUAUCAACCCAAGGUUUAUUGAUAUUUGCAGAGCUGUUAUCUGCGGUUAAGAGGACAUUGGCUCGCCUUCUUGUGAUCAUUGUGAGCUUGGGCUACGGCAUUGUGAAGCCUCGUUUAGGAACAGUCAUGCACCGGGUGGUUGGACUGGGGAUUCUUUACUUUAUCUUCGCGGCUAUUGAAGGCGUGAUGAGAGUUAUUGGGGGUUCUAACCAUUUAGCUGUCAUUUUUGGUGACAUUAUUUUGGCAGUUAUUGACUCCAUUUUUGUAUGGUUCAUAUUUAUAAGUUUGGCACAAACUAUGAAGACUCUAAGGCUAAGAAAGAACACAGUGAAGUUUUCUUUAUACAGGCACUUUACAAAUACUCUGAUCUUUGCCGUUCUGGCUUCUGUAGUGUUUAUGGUGUGGACGACUAAGACAUUUAGAAUUGCAAAAUGUCAAUCAGACUGGAUGGAACGCUGGGUUGAUGAUGCAUUCUGGAGCUUCCUUUUUUCGCUUAUCCUUAUUGUGAUAAUGUUUUUGUGGAGACCAUCUGCAAACAACCAGAGAUAUGCCUUCAUGCCAUUAAUAGAUGAUUCUGAUGACGAAAUUGAAGAAUUCAUGGUGACAUCUGAAAACUUAACUGAAGGAAUAAAAUUAAGAGUCUCAAAAACAGUUUCCAAUGGAACAGCUAAACCUGCUACUUCUGAUAACUUCGAUGAAGAUUUGAAGUGGGUGGAAGAAAAUAUUCCCUCAUCAUUCACAGAUGUAGCUCUUCCAGUGUUAGUGGAUUCAGAUGAGGAAAUCAUGACCAGAUCUGAAAUGGCAGAAAAAAUGUUCUCUUCAGAAAAGAUAAUGUGAUUGAAACCCAUAUAAAUGAAACUCAGUUAACGGUAAAAGACUUCCUCAAGACUGAAAGAGAGCUUUGUUUUGAUCUAGUGCAACAAGUUUUUAUUGUAUUAUCUUGGAAAUCUAUAUAUUAAAAUUAAGAAUUCAGGUGGUAGGAUGGUUCUGCACCCCUUUUAAGCUACUCUUAAACAUCAGCUUAAUGUCCAUCAAAUUGCCUGGAUUCGGAAAUAAUCUAAGAGAAGUAUUAUGAUAAAGAAAUAUGCCUGAAUGCUCUUAGCUGAGAGGAGGCAGGGAUGUGGAUUUGGGCUUUCUCUUUUCUCUGGAAAAUAUGACAGUUCCAGAUUUAAAAAUAUUUUUUACGUAAACACUUCCACCAUUCUUCCAGUCACUAACCUUUGGGGUAGAUUAUGUGAUUCUUCUGACGUGUGGUAAAGCAGCGACUCCAUCUCUUAGGGUUUUAGUUAUUAGAUGCAAUAAUAAUAUUCUUUGACUUUUAUACCGAAAUGAUUUGAUAUUAAGUAAAACUUGAUUAGCCUUAGAACAUAAGCAUGUUUAUAUGGUUAGUUUUGGGGUGUGUGUGUGUGUGUGUGUGUAUGUGUACAUAUGGUCUGCACAAGGUCCUUGUUUGUAAAUAUAUCACCGUGCACAUCAAAUCACAGAGUUAGGUCCUCUCUGAGCUCAGGAGAACACAAGUACGCAGGAAUAAGGUCUUGAGGGUCACUUCCAAGGGUUUGCCCUGCCACUGUCCCCUCAUUCAGGCCGCGUGUUCACGAACUGCUGCUGAAUCUGUGUGGGGCAGGGGGUGGACACAUGGCCACAUGAGGAGUCCUUCCUCUCUGCACACUGGCAGAUUCAUCAGCAGUGACCCUUACAGACAGUAGAACAUCCUUUACAUAAUCUUGGUUUAUUUGAUUUUGUAAUGAAACAUAUAUUUGCCUGUACAGUACAUCAUUGUUAAUCAUGUAAUUAAUUUCUAGACCUUCAACCAUGUUUUAUACAUCAUUUUGUUACAUAUUAUAUAUGUAAUGUAUGAUUUGAAAUUGUUUUGUUUUAAUAUUUUUUUAAAUGCAGAACAUUCUAAACUUGAAAGGUAGUUGAAUGUAGUAUGAUGGAAAUGUGAACGUUUUGCUGCUUUCGUGACCAAAGAUACGGGGCUCGUGGACAUAUAGGAUAGGAAUUAAAGUUAGAAUUUUGCGUAUCUUUCUUUGAUGGAGUUCUAACCUUGUGAAUUGAGAAUGGCUUCAGAGAACUUUGAGAAGCACUUAAAGUUUAACCAGUACAAAGACUCAACUAUAGCCUUUUUUUUUUUUCAUUAUAAAGCCACAAAAUUUUUUUUUCUUUCAAAAGCCUACUUUUUCAAUUUACUUCUCAUUUACUCAUUUCAUGGGGAUUAGUAGGAAAGGUCUCUAGUAGUAAUAUCUACUGAAAGAUACUUUCAGAUUUAUUUUCGAUAGGCAACAGUGAAUGGUUUGGGACAUGCUUCCUUGAAAAAGAGUGUCCAACAGUGUGGGGCCUUUUCCUUUUCUUCUGUUUCUGACACGAAUAUGGGUCCCUACCUACUGCAUUUCCCAGCGUUGUGUCCAUUCUGGUUUUGCUGUUUUACCCCGGGCCCAGUUGCUGCAGGGCUGGAGGCCACCCUGCCUUCUCGGUCCCAACGUGUUUAUCUAAUACCACCCCCAGAUUUAGAGGCAGACCCCCAGCUCAUCAUACGGCUCCAGUUGAGUUUUGAAAUGCAGGGUCCUGGGCUUCCAGCCAGCAGGAACUGCAAGUGCAGUGGAGCAGGAGUGGGGCAUCCAAUGGUGUGAUAAUAAGGGGGACAGCCUCUGGCAUAACCUCAGUAAGUGGGUAUGAAAGCACCGCUUCCUGCACCUGGAAAGAUAAAGGAUGCGAAGUGUAUAGCUCAGCUACAGGCUCAAAUGCAAACUUCCCUCAUCUUCUAGAGAGAACAGGAAUCCCUCCUGACAACCUUAUCAGAAGUGUUUUUCAAAGGGCAUGUAUUCUUGUCACUUGCAGUGACAGUUGUGUAGUCCGUUGCUGUUUAAUGACCUGGAUUGAGUAUUCCUAUGGAGGGCCCUCUUACCCCCUCCUAUAAUCAGAAGGGGGUGCCCUGGGAUUAGAGCUGUAGUUCUUAUGAAGGACACUGGGGAGAAGUUACAGCCAGGUCAUCGUACAGCUCAUCAUCCCCGCUUCAGUGUGAAGUGGUCAGUAUCUGGUCAUCAAAGUUUUUGAGGCUAUCAGACCAGUUUAUUCUUGGAGGCCAAUAAGAUGAAAGGAUCUGAGGAUGAGUCCCGUUUUAUGUGUUUCCAGACAAAGUGCUUACAUGUUCUUAUGCAAGUCAUGUUAGAUUUAUAUGCUGUGCGAAAUUCGCUUCAAAGGGAAUUUUCAUGAUUUAAGUUAGAUUAGGAUUUAAUUAUCUGUUUUAAAGGAUAGUUCAUUUAUUUCAAAAUAAAGAAAAGUAAUGAAUAUAUCCAUUUUUU